AGCCGAGUUCACAAGAUCACUCUAUAUCAAAAAAAUAUUAAACCAGGACAGAUAGAAAUUUCCGAGACGGCCCGUCCCGAAAAAUUCGAGGGCAUGGAUGGUUCUGCAAAAUGCAUUGUUAAUUCAUUUGACAUUAAUGAGGUAUCACAACAUUUAGCUCAGUUGUGCGAUACAGCCAUAGGCGCAGAAGAUCAAGCUUCGAAGGCUAAUCAGGAAGGAAUCAUGUGCUGGUCUCUUUACGGUAGGGAUUUUGAAUUUCAAGUUGGUGAGAUGAGUAACAAAAAUAAAAUUAGCGAGAAAAAAGCAACAACCUUAAUUUAUAAUGAAAUUGAAAAUCAACUCUCAAUUCUUCGUAAAAAACGAUCACAAUAUUUGAGCUUACAACUUCCAAAUAUAUCACGAGAUACCUUGCGUAAAAAAACUCAAAGAGCUGUAAAAACUUGUAAGUUAUUCGAAAAGAUAGGUCUAGAUAAAAUUAAACAUAUUAAGAACUAUAGUGCAAAUUCUAUCUCAGAACUUACUAACGACCAAAUUCAAGAGAUUAUUAAUCAUGGUUUAGAGAGCCGAAUCUCUAAUUCUCCUUCGCUUGAAAUCACACCUGAAGUAUCUUCUGAAGACAAUAUAAUUGAGGUUUCAUCAGAAACAAAGGUAAAUAUAAUACCUAUAAAUAAAAAUUCAUCCAAUGAAUCCCGACUUCCAAUUUCUAUAUUACCUAAUGAUCCAGAAGAAAAACGAAAUCUUGUUAUUCAUACCACAUUGGAGCAAUUCAAUAAUUUAUCUUUAAAACGUAGCAAUAAGUACAGCGAUUAUUAUGAUUAUUCAGGAACAUGCCCAACAUGUAAUGAAGAGCAUAAAGGAUAUGAUGUGGAAGGUCGGUGGGGUGAUGGCAAUUACUGUGGCGAAAAAACUUAUCGUCUCUAUUGUCGUAAUAGAACUUUUGGUGGAAUCCCGAUAGUAAAUGUGAAAGCGUAA